AUGUCAAAAACAGCCGAAUUUCAUCGUUUUGUUGAUUAUAAUGACUUAGAAUCGUUAUUAGAAUGUUCCCUAUGUUUGGAUCGUUUUCAAGAGCCACGUUUGAUUCCUUGUCAACACACUUAUUGCACAAAAUGCAUUCAAGAAUUAUGUGAAGGAAGUGACACAAUCAUCUGCCCUCAAUGUCGUGCACAACAUCCUAUUCAACAAAAACAAGAUGGUGUAUUACAAUUUCCAAGAAAUAUUACCUAUCAACAAUUACUUGAUAUUAAAACAGAACAAUUAGUCAGUACUCGACAGUGUCAAGUCUGUGACAAGAAACGUGCGUUCAGUGAUUGUCUCCAUUGUAAAAAAGCUGUUUGCCUCGAUUGUAAAAAAUUACAUCGUAGAGAAUUAUCAGAUGUUACAGAUUUAUUAAUCAAUGAUUUAACUAAAUCCAGUACUUUAUGUAAAGAAUCUUUAACAAAUGAAAUUACAACAUUUUUAACAAAUUGUGAUUAUAUUAAAAAGCAGAUUAGCUCUUACACAAAAGAUUUAAUUCAAACACUAAAACAGCAAGAAAUAAACAUGAAAAGUGAUUUAGAUAAAUUAAUUAUAAAACAAAUAGAAACAGACAAUGUACUGGAUGAAAAAUUUAUCGAAAUACAAACAUUAUCUAGUAAAUAUUUGUCGUCAUUACAAAACAUGAUAUUGGAACAUAAAAAUUCAAGAAAAGAUAUUAUUUUCACACCAAAUAUCACUCUAAAAAAUAUUUAUUGUAACAAUAGUCUUGGUGAAUUACGUUUGUCAUCAUCGUUUAUUGAUAAUGAAAAGUCACAUCAUUUACCAUUGACUCCUCCGCCAGAAGACAUGGAUAAUCAAUAUUUUCCGCAAUCAGUAGAUCAUCAAAGCGACGAUGAUAAUCGUUUACAACAGAUACAACAAAUUGGUCAUUGGGGGAGUGGUGAAAGAGAAUUUUGGUGUCCAACGGGAAUAUGUAUAAGUCAUAAUAAUUACAUACUAAUUGUUGAUAGUUGGAAUCAUCGACUUCAAAUGUUAACAAUCGAUGGUCAAUUUAUACGUUCAACAAGAAAUAUUAAAGGAAGAGGUAUAAAUGAAUUGAAUAAUCCACGCGAUGUAUGUAUAAGUCCAAUGGGAAAUGAAAUUAUUCUAUCCGAUUCUGGUAAUCAUCGAUUAGUUGUUUAUAAUGAAUAUUUAGAAGUUAAAAGAUUAAUUUGUGAUAAAUUAAAUUUACAAUUUCCAAAUGGUGUUUGUUCUGAUGAACAGGAUUCUCUCUUUAUUUGUGAUCGUGGUAAUAAUCGAAUUGUUGUAGUGACAUUACCAGAUGGUGCAUAUAUUCGACAAUGGGGUAGAAAAGGACAAAAUCAAAGUGAAUUUGAUUGUCCAGAUUUUAUCUGUUAUCGACAAAAUAUUCUUGCUGUAUCUGACUUUAAUAAUCAUCGAGUACAAGUAUUUGAUAAAUAUGGACAAUUUUUGUUUAUGUUUGGACAGUAUGGUUGUGAAAAUGGACAGUUUCGAUAUCCACGAGGUUUGGCUAUUGAUGAUGAAGGAUUUUUUAUGGUUGCUGAUUGGGUAAAUAACCGUUUACAACUUUUUACACCAAAUGGGCAAUUAUCGGCAAUUGUGGGAGGAAAUUCUCAAGAAAAAUGUUCCACUUUGGUAAACACCACCGAUGAUUUUCAUAUUCCCAAAGUCGAAUUUGAUCGUCCAAUUGGUGUUGCUGUAAAUAAACAAGGAGUUGUGUUUGUGACCGAAUGGGGUCGAUCUCAUAGAUUAGUCAUUUAUUAA